UGUGUCAGAACUUCAAAAUAAUCGAUCAAAUAUAUGACAUUUUCUUUUUGGAAAACAACAACAACAUUACAGUGAACACUUCGGGAAAUCUUUCAAAUCCUUCAUUUUUGGCGAUAUUUGUAGGUAUUGAAAAAACAUUGAAAUUUGGCACAAUGAGGCCGGACCUACAGCAGAAAAUCACUAAAAACUAUCGAGCAAUAAAAAAGGAUAUUGAUGCUAAAGAUUUACUCGAUAUAUUUAUUGAGGAAAAUGUCUUUGACUUCAAAGAUAAAGACGAAAUAGAAGGAUGGAAUCCUAAUACUCAGGAAAAUAGAAAUAGUUGCUUUAUACAAAAAAUUCUGCAGAAAGGGGAUAAUGCAUACACAGUAUUCAUAGAUGCAUUGAAAGAACACGGGCUUCAACAUUUAGUGGACCUGCUUGAAAGUACCCGAGUGGAUCUACCAAAUCAAGGCGAUGCAGCAGAUCCAUACGCAUGGCUGCAGGAAAUCCCAGAAAGAAUUCGCCUUCGACGUCUAACAGAUCGCGACAUGAGCAGACUGGCGCAAGGGGUGGGCAAAGACUGGGAGCUAGCAGCCAUGGAGCUGGGACUGUCCAAGGUUGAGGUUGACCACUGUAAGAUGGAGAAUCCCACCCCAGUGAUGCAGAUGUACUCCGCCAUGCACAAAUGGCGCAACAGGAGGCCAGAGGAGGCUCACCUCACUAGAUGGAUUGAGGCCUUGAAAAAUUGUAGUUCUACUACAAUUGACACAGACACGAUGAAAAAGGUGGCGAGGCAAAUGUGUGAAUCUUAAUGCAUGUUGAAAAAACAUACUAGGAUUCAGUUUUUCAUAUAGUGUUGUAUUGAAAGUUAAAUUUUGUUUGACCAAUCAAAGGUCAGCGAGGAAUGCCAAGUCGUUAUGAAUAUGAAUUUUUUGUUAUGCCCCCGGAUCGAAUGAUUCGGGGUAUAUUGUUUUUGGCCUGUCUGUCUGUCUGUUAUUGUAUGUGUGUGUCGGUGUGUCUGUCACUUAAAACUUUAACCUUGGUCAUAACUUUUGCAAUAUUGAAGAUAGAAACUUGAUAUUUGGCAUGCAUGUGUAUCUCAUGGAGCUGCACAUUUUGUGUGUUGAAAGGUCAAGGUCAUCCUUCAAGGUCAUAGGUCAAAUAUAUGGCUUCAAAGCGGCGCAAUAGGGGGCAUUGUGUUUCUGACAAACACAUCUCUUGUUAAAAAAUGUUGACCCUAAAAUUUAUAUUUUUGACAGAUUUAUUUGCAACUGUGUCUGAAAAAUUGUUUCAAUAUAUUGACUAACAUCAUGGCCCUGCUCUGAACAGAGUUGUGUUUGGUAAAAGAAAAACACAGCCAAUAUGAAAGAAAAAGUUUGUUAGUGCCUCAGUUUUAAAACAUACAUCAUUACUUGUUAGAUAUAUCAUGAAUUGAGUUUUCAUAUGGAAUGUUACACCAAUAUUAUUUACUACUAUUUCAUCACUGUCUUUUUUACCAUUAUUGACAUUUUUUUCUGCAAAUUUCAGUUGUUUUAGGAUAAAGAAUGAGGCGAUGUUUUGUAUAUCUUUUGUUUGUUUAUAUUUGUAAUUUUUAUGAAAAUGUCAAACUUUGAAUUUUGAUUGUUAUGUUUGUUAUAUGCUCCUUUUAAAGGAUUUUCAUAGUUCAAGGUUUCAAAUGUAGAAAAACUUUCCUGUGCAGAUGAUGUUAAGGAUGAGGGGGCAAUAUUGCUAAGGUUCAGUAAUAUUGAAUACCACUUGUUAGGGCGAAACGACCAAGGGCGAAACCAUUCAGGGUGACUUAUGGCGAACAGGUUUUAGCAGUGAUAAUUUUAGAAAUCAAAAGUAUGAGUCCCAUGGACUCGUAGGUUUUAAAUCUUUGGGUCCCAGAGAAAAAGUAUGGGUCCCUUCUAUAUGCUGAAGAAAAACAGUGGAUCAGGGUAUUCCAACAUUUUAAUGACAUAACAUGGCUAUCUAGUCGCAAUUUAACAGGAAACUUUAAAAGGCAACUCAACAGUUUUAUGACUAGAUUAUUAUCAAGACUUAAACAGGCAAUUAAACAGGAAACUUUAGAGUCGGUAACGACAGAUAUGAACGGGUAGCAACAGAUU